CGUGACGGAGCAAGAGCAUCAGUGUGAGUGAAGACGGCCGUUUCGUUGGCGAAUUCCAGUAAUUGAUUGCGGCGCACGCCAUCGAGAAGGAAGGAGAUGCGGCGCGCAUACAACGCAUCAAAGAUGUUCUUAAACAAAGCUCAUCCGUCAAGCGUGUGCUGGAGAUGAGCCUCAAGAAGACCAAGCUCCUGGGACGAGCCAAGGACACCUGCAAGACGCUGGAUGAAACAUGUCUCGCUCCUUUCGGUUUGUCUUUUCGAUCUGGGGAAGAGGACUGCAGUGCAGCAAUGGCCAAGUCGGCUUUCCGAUUGAAGCAGGCAUGCGGCAAAGCAAGUCCUGCUUCUUGUCACAUCCAUCCGGGGAACAGGUGCGAGAGCAACAAGUGUCCUGCGCUCGCUCAUCUCGACCGCACUUUUCAAGUCAGUCGCCGUUUCUUGCGAGACGGCCAACGCAUGGGCGGCAAAUGGGAGGAGAUGAGCGCAAGUCUCUUGAGGUCAUCCAUGAAGCGCAAAAGCUGCGGUUGUGCAAUGGCGCUGCAACGCAAGUAGGCCAGCCCUGACUGCUGGCCAUUGACUGCUUGGCAAGCGCCUUCAAACGGCCCAAGCAAAGUUGGUGUGGUGGCGGCGAACGCCAAGAUCAGUUGGGAUGCCGUCGUUGAACGCAGAGCCCGCAACGCGCUUGCCCGCAGGCGUAUGCGCAGAUCCUGGGCUAUCCCGUGAUUUGCCCCUGGCAAAACCAGGCAAUUACCCGCCAUGCGGCACUGUCACCCAACCAAAACAAGUUGUGUAUGCAGCGAACGGGGUGGCGAGGAGACAGUGAUCAAUUGGUCGGCCAGCCGCUUGAAGAGAAGGGACCAUCCACUCGGUUCGCAGAGCCCAUCGGUCCAAUGAGCAAUGAGGAGGAGGGACAAAAAGCUUACUCAAAGGCUAGCUGCCCAGGCUCGAUCGUGAAUCCUGUGACCCUCCCUGCCUCAUUGCCACUCAUUGUCAAUCUGGGUGCUUGCCCUUACGCCUUGCGGCCCUGGUGCAUCAUUCGAGUGGCGGCAAGCUCACGCCAUCUCAGUGUCUGCGCUUAGUGCGGUCAAAUUUCGGCAGUCAGUCAGCGCGAGGCCCACGCGAGCUGUUGGUGGCCAAUGUAAGGUGAGCGCUUCAUAAGGCGAGCCCAUCUUGCACAAAAGAGGUGCGCCGCCUCCUGCUACUCCAUGACGCUCCUUCUUGUCACUGCGUCGUUCACGAUCAGCAUUCUUUGCCGCCCUCCGAACGAAGCUGGUCUUCGCUCGCUGAAGUCUAUUUUUCGAAGUUUCACAGCUGGUCUGUUUACGUUCUGUACUCACUUCGUCAUUCUUCACUAGAAGUCUCUCUCGCUUUUCCGCGGACGGGCAUCGAGCGGG